AUGCCGCCGUCCGAGACGGUCAGCACCCCGAAGAAAUGCAAUCGAUGCGGCGGGCAAGACACGGGCCCCGCCAAUUUCCUCCUCACUUGUUCCGACUGCCACAGAUCCUUCCAUCACCGAUGUCACAUUCCACCUGUGCCCGACAAGGAUAUGAUCGCGAUGCUAGAUGCUACCAUGAACAAGGAUGUCGACAACGGGAUCUAUGGGUGGUCGUGUAAGCGAUGCUCGAAGAAGAAGAGCCGGGGCGGAUCUGAGCGCGCAGUGGUCGGUUCACAGCCACCACAGCAGCUCCUCCCGAUUGUGAACACAAACGCCAUGAUUGUUGAAUCAGAAGAUGUCGAACUAGCACCUACGCCCACGGCUGUGCCAGGACUACAGCCUGCUCAAACGCUUCUCGUGGAUCGACGAGUAUCAGAUGAUUACUUCCGAAAACAUUCUCUAUCACAGCGUCCUACUGCUAGUUCCGUGGUGACUCCUUCACAGCAAACGUACGCACCGCCCCUACCUGCGCUCCCACGCUCUAGCUCGUCCUCUCGCAAUCCACCUCCUGCGCGCCCACAGCUUUCUCCACAACCAUCGCACUCUCUUCCAGAGCCCACUGCACGCUCUUCAGGAGACCCAUCGUCAGAUGCAUCGAGUUAUCGCCCCUAUGAACCUCCAUCGCAUCUUUCAGAAGCAGCGCGGUCAGCACGCGAUGGCUUCCGACAGCCAGCACCUCCCAAGAGAGGUCGACACCCGUCUGAAACAACUGCGCUUGCGAAUCGGCGGGAUUCUUGGCCCCUAAACCAGGCAUCCCCCACGCGAAAUAUCGCAAAUCAGCAUCGGCUCGUUCCGCUUCACCGCCACGACGAAUCUUCCCAAUCUUCUCCUCCUCUUCCCGUCAUACGUAAGGGCUUUCAUACACAGCCUCUCGAUAUCGUGCCAAUGGACAUCGAUUCUGAUACCCCGCCGCCGCCCGAGAUCAUAUCAGUGGACAUGAAUAUACAAUCGGAAAUGCCACCACCACCACCUCCCCUCCCCGUUGACCGCGCUCCUCCUACCCCGGCACCAUCGGCACUGCCAGACUUCCGCGCCAUCACGUCCCGACUCCGCGCUGAAGGAAAACUCGACCCGCCUGACCAAGGACGCACGUUCCUCGGCCCUCCCAUCGCUUCCACCUCCGCGCAUGGCGACGCCCGCAAGUUGGACACCCCAGGCGACGCGGACGAUGACCUCGACGACCUGUACGGCCCCCUGCCACACGAGGUGCGCUCGCGCACGAUACCCCGCGAGUACACCCCGCUCCGCCCGACGCCAGACCCCUUCGAGGCCGAGGACCGCGCGUUCCGAGCGCGCCGAUUCGCGCCGCUCCCGCGAAUGACCACCGCCCGCCCGCGCUCGUGGUCGCCCGAGGCCUCCCUUCCCACUCCCAGGUCCAUGUCUCCGCGGCCGUUUGCCACCGCCAGCGGCUCGCGCUCGCAGCGGGAGCCGAAGGACUCCGCGCUAAAGCUCGAGAAGAAAUUGAUACCCGCGCGGGACUGCGAGGUGUACGCGGAUAGCAAGGAGAUGAAGGCGUUUGAGAGGCUGAUCGCGAAGCAGGUGCAGCGGGGGAAGAGGGCCGCGACCAAGGUCAAGGCGAAGAAGCGUCAAAGCGGCAGUAAAGGCCUCUUUCAGUUCGUCAAGGAGGACUGGCUGAAUAAGAAGCCGAUGUACCAGCCCGCCGCUCAAAAAGAUGGUCGUCCUGACCGACACUAG